CCGCACCACAAAAUGCUUCUUUGAAAUACAUACAGAUCUUCAAAUCUUCACUCUCUCUCUCUCUCUCUCUCUAACAACGCCAUUACAGCGAUGGCGUCCCUACCUCUCACCUCCUCUGUCAAUCUGGGUUUUCGAUCUCUGCCCACUUGUAGAACUCGGUCUUCAAAGUCAUCAUCAUCGUCAUCAUCAUCAUCAUCACCAACUCUCAAUCUCAAAUCCAACACUCAAAAUCAAAGAAACCACUCAAAACGACACUCACUGAUCACAAACCCAUAUAUUGGAACAAGCUUCACAUUUAAGUCCGUCACCAAGACCCACACCACCUACAAUUCUUCAGUUCCGACCCGAAAUCUCACUGUCAAAGCCUCGGCUGCUGCUUUUCCGGCGAAGCCGCCGCCGCCGCAGCCAUGGCAGGGGGCGGCGAUGAAGCCCUUAAUUGCUUCCCUCGCCACCGGAAUCAUCCUCUGGUUCGUUCCUCAACCCGCCGGAGUUUCCCGAAACGCCUGGCAAUUGUUGUCCAUCUUCUUAGCCACCAUCAUCGGAAUCAUCACUCAGCCGCUUCCUCUCGGCGCGGUGGCUCUAAUGGGUCUCGGCGCUUGCGUCCUCACCAAAACCUUAACCUUCGCCGCCGCCUUCUCCGCCUUCGGCGACCCGAUUCCAUGGCUAAUCGCUCUCGCCUUCUUCUUCGCCAGAGGGUUCAUCAAGACUGGUCUCGGCAACAGAAUCGCUUACCAAUUUGUUUCUUUAUUCGGUAGUUCUUCACUAGGGUUAGGGUACAGUUUAGUUUUCAGCGAAGCCUUAUUAGCUCCGGCAAUUCCAUCAGUCUCUGCUCGAGCCGGUGGAAUUUUUUUGCCAUUGGUGAAAUCAUUGUGCGUUGCGUGUGGUAGCAAUGUGGGAGAUGGGACAGAGCACAAGUUGGGUUCGUGGUUGAUGUUGACUUGCUUUCAGACUUCGGUGAUUUCGUCGGCGAUGUUCUUGACAGCCAUGGCUGCGAAUCCUCUGAGUGCGAAUUUGGCAUUGAAUGCGAUUAAUCAGACAAUUGGGUGGAUGGAUUGGGCCAAGGCUGCGAUAGUGCCUGGAUUGGUGUCUCUGAUUGUUGUACCUUUCCUUUUGUAUCUGAUCUAUCCGCCGUCGGUGAAGAGCAGUCCCGAUGCGCCCAAACUCGCCAAAGAGAGGUUGGCGAAGAUGGGGCCGAUGUCACGGAAUGAGAUUAUAAUGGCUGGAACUCUGCUUCUUACGGUGGGGCUCUGGGUAUUUGGAGGGGUGCUGAAUGUGGAUGCCGUUACAGCUGCCAUCCUUGGGUUAACUGUUCUCUUGAUAACCGGGGUUGUGACAUGGAAGGAAUGCUUAGCUGAAUCAGUUGCCUGGGAUACUCUCACAUGGUUUGCUGCACUCAUUGCAAUGGCUGGUUAUCUGAACAAAUAUGGUCUUAUAUCCUGGUUCAGUCAAAGUGUUGUUAAGUUUGUUGGCGGAUUGGGUCUUUCAUGGCAGCUGUCUUUCGGCAUCUUGGUUCUUCUCUAUUUCUAUUCUCACUACUUCUUUGCAAGCGGAGCUGCUCAUAUUGGUGCAAUGUUUACAGCAUUCUUGUCCGUUGCCAGUGCUUUAGGCACCCCACCCUACUUCGGAGCUAUGGUGCUUGCUUUUUUGUCCAACUUGAUGGGUGGCCUCACCCACUAUGGGAUUGGUUCUGCACCCGUCUUCUAUGGUGCAAACUACGUUCCCCUGGCCAAAUGGUGGGGCUACGGAUUCGUCAUCUCUGUCGUCAAUAUUAUUAUUUGGCUCGGUGUUGGAGGGAUUUGGUGGAAGUUCAUUGGGUUGUGGUAAAGCGGGUUGGUUUGAUUAAUUUGCCAACCCAAAUUUCAGUACUAAAUUGUCUCAUUUUUCAACACCCUGUGGUAUGAUUUUUCUUAUUUAUUUGUGUUUCAAGCAGGAUGUUAAUUUUACGUUUUCUUUUGUUGAUUCUUUAUCGUAGACAUAUGUUUUUGUUGGCCAUUGGCGGAGACCGUGUAGGAAAUGGUGGUAAAUGUAUAAGGUAUGUCUCUAACAGAAAGUAGAGAUAUUUGUACUUGAAAAUUUUGACAUGGCAUCAAAGAUGAAAUUUAUGACAGUGAUUAGGUUUUGAUCAG